AAUUGGUUACUGCGCUACAUUAUGCUGAAGGGUAAUCUAAAUACUGGUGAACAGCAAUCUUCUGCUGAAUUUUUCUCACAUGAUGGGAUUUUUUCACUUGACUCAGCUCAGUGGUUCAGAAUAGUCAAUUCCUUGACAAAUCUGCAAGUUUGUAAUAAUUAUCUGGUUGGUGCUACUUCAAAAAACACCUUAAUAAGAACGUCCACUGUCCCUCCUUACAAUAUAUCUGGUUUGUUUCAUUAUCAUAUAUUUAUUCACACAUAAAUCUUACCCCUACAUUUUUGAUUGUCCACAAACUUAAUAAUGAUCUUUAUAUUCUUCAAUCAGUAUUACACUGUUCCGUGCUCAUAUAUUACCAUUUGUAAGCUCAUGUGUACAGUUAUCCUGUCCUUGCCUAUGUAAAUAAUCCUUAUUGGGAAACGUUAGUUGACUUGACUCACGAUCUUAGUGUGACAGGUUGGAGUACCUUCUGACUUUUAUGUGUAAAAACAGGCUUUGGUUUCCGAACUGUCUGGCUGAUGCUUCUAAAAGUCUUUAUUGUUAGAGAUUAUGAUGAAGAGAUUAAAAUAAUUUGAUUACUGUUCUCUGUUGUUUCUUCUAGAAGGGACCUUUUCUUUUGCGUUUACUGACUCACUGGUUACUACUGGUUAAUUCCCGUUCAGAGUGCAGAAUUUCUGUUAGUAUAUUUAUACUAGGGAACGUCACAAUACAUGAUUAACAUUGUCAUAAUGAAUGUCCUUAAUGACCGUUCUAAAACGGAUAUUUAAACUUUUAUUUUAAACAAUAUGCAUAACUCUGUAAAGCUAAGUAUCUCAUAUGACUUGCUAUUGGUCUCCCUAAUGUAGUUCUCAGGGUCCUACAGUUGAUAAAUGGAAGUGCUCUGAUUUCAAAACAGCGACGACCCUAAGAUAAAGUAGAUUCAUCCUCUAAAACCGGCAAAUAUAUUUCCACCUUAUAUCUCAUAGAGCACUAAGAAGUGCUUAUAAACGAUUUUAUUCCAUGAUUUUGUGUUUUCUACGGAAAGGUUAACAUUAGUCAUAUUGAAAAAUGAAAUAUAUUUACAUUGGUUUGUUUGUUAAUUUAUUUGAACUUAUUUCUGACAGUGUCACUUCAAGCAAUAUGUAUGAUCGAUUAUUAGUCUGAAAUUUAAGAAAAUUUAAAAUUAGAACACUGAAAUCAUUAUGUUUACUAAGGGUAUUACCAAGCACUUACAUAAUAAUGGAAUGCUCCUGUUGUAUGCACUCAGCUUAGUUUAAGCUAUUCUUUCGAAACAAUAAUUUCACGUACAUAAAGUAUCGUUUUUCGCUCUGCACUGCUGUUUAAUGAACUGUAUUACAAAUAUCCAUUUGGUUUCUGCUGUUUGCUCAAAUUUAAUGAUCUUUUCAUGUAGAAUUCUUUUUAUGAAACUGGAAUUUUCAGCAUCAUUUUCACUUAUGUCUAGAAAUUGAAAUUAGCCGCCUUUCAGAUGACCGAGUCCAUAAUAUUUUUUUGGAUCCUAUGGGUUGGCAUACUGUAAUAAGUAUGCAGUCUGGCACAAAUUUUUACAUCAACAAAGGUAUGAAAAAGGUUCGCCCUUUAAACAAGACAAAAGUGAGUGUUUGUAUAUCGUAUUUGAUUUGAUGAAAAUAUUUCAUUUAUUUUACACUAAAAAGUUAAUCAGGACCAAUGUACUAUACUUUUCUUGAAAACUCUCACUAUCGUUUUUCGAUAGUUCAUGUAUUAACACUCAUAGGUUUUUAUGUACAUGUUCUUGUUUGGCGUUAGUUAAAUUCUCUUCCAAACUUUCUAGCAUGACUAUUAAAAAUUACCAUUUUUCGUGAAUCGCACUACUUUUAUGUUAGCAUAAAAACCACUUGUCUGGUUUUGUUGUAAUCCUUUAUGUAUUGAGGCAGAAACUGGACCAAACAUACAUCAAACUAGGUAAUCUUUGAUCUCGGUGCGAAAAUCUCCGGAAAUGUUGUUGUUGAGACCUUCCUUUUUGUCGUUUCUGGCUCUGAAGGAAAAUGCGCUUAACAUAAAAUGUUUAUAUUCACGUACAGGGAAAUUCACCUCUGGUAAUAAAAUCGACUGUAAAGUGUAUAUUUAAAGUAAUAGAUUGAUAAUCAGUAAGUGAUCUAAAAAUAAUGGAACUGUGGUUUAUUGGUUAUUUUUGUCGAAUUCUAGGCACUUGGUUGUAGGUUCCAACCUCACUCCACCUACUGCUUGUGCAACUAGGUAGUACCAGCAGCCACAGACAAAGUGUAGGUCAGCGCCAAGUAUCUGAUAAAUAACUUGAAAACCUAGGAACGUCGGGUUCUUUUAUAGGCUUUGAGAGUUUUUAGUAUUAACAAAAUUAAACUAACAAAGUAUUGUUUCUAAAAGCUUAUGAAACGUAUAUUAACGUUAGCAAAAGGUCGAAACGAACAGGCUAAGUAGGAUGCUGGAAAACUUUAUCUAAAAAUUAGCAACUAUAAUUCCAGUCAUGAGCCACGUGAUCACUCUUAAUCUACUAUUAAUCCAGUAUGGUUUUUUCAUCAAUCUUCUAGUUAGCUUCAGAAAUCUUGUGUAACUCAGGCUAAUUUGUAUAGAGUUACUAACGAACUCCCAUCUUUUCAACGUUUUACCCAAUAUAUUUAUUCACCGUUCGAUUUUGUGUUUUAGGAUCAUUUGUUUGACUCUAUAGCUUGGAAUCAUCAUAAUGUAAAUGAAUUAUCUACACAAGAAAUUUUAAUCGGUACAAAUGAUGGACUAAUAUUUGAAACAAUGCUUAUGUUUAAUGAAGAUAGUUUUUUUAGUUCGGGAACUAUUGAACAGUAUUGGAUCCAGAUGAUUAAUUUAGGACAUAGUGUAACAGGUGUAGAAGUGAUUCGCUUUCCUAUUGGUUCACCUAAUGUACUAGUUGGUGAGCCGCAACGAUGUGUAGUCUUUGCUACAACACCUUGUCGUAUGUAUCAAUUCGCUGGAUGGAUAAAUACUAACAGUUCAACAACCGGUUCAAUUUUAUCUCAUCUAGCAGCAAAUACUGCUACAUCCGGUAUAUCCAAUGCAAUAAAUGCUUAUACUGGAGGUCAUAGGUCUAGUUUAGUGAAUGAAUAUAAUCAACAACAAUCUGUUGGGAUACAAAAUACAACUAUAUUUCCCAUUAUCACUGGAUUAUUCUCUAGUGUAUUCAACUCAGAUGACAAACUACCUGUUGGAUCCAAAGUUACUGAAUUUCCUGGAAGUUUUGGAUAUAGUGAUUUAAAACUUUAUCGUAAUGUAAAAGAUGAACUCCCCAGUAAAUUUGCUUGGAUGACAGGUCCAGGUGUUUACUUCGGCUACAUAAGAACAGAACAAUUAAGUAUGCCUCCAUUUACAAAACUUUCAACAAAUGAUCAACCAAUUGAUGUAAAAUCAUUUCCAAAUGAAGUUUUUUCUCUUCUACCUACUGCCACUGAUAAUACAGAUGAUCCAAAUCGACCGAAAGAUAUAUUCUCUGGUCGUGGUGUUAAUUUAACGCGAAAUACAAAACUUAUCCCGUAUCCAAUUAUUCAUAUGCUUGAACGACCUGGUGUACCAUUAGGCAUUUGUUUGACAGAAUUUCAUCUUAUCAUUAUCUAUGUGGAUCGCAUUAAAGCUGUGAAUACUUUAGAUGGUCGAGCAGUUUAUUCAAUGCCGUUAAAUAAUAUCAUUGGCUGUGAACGGGCUUUAGGUAUAUCGCGUGACUCAUUAUCUAAUUAUAUUUGGAUAUUCAGCAAUAAUCAUUUGGCUCGAUUAAGUAUGAGGAAUGAAUUAUGUAGAAUAUGGCAAAUCUAUUUAGAUCGUCUACAGUUUGAUGAAGCGCGCCAAUUUUGUCAGGAUCCUGGUCAAAUGGAUACCAUCAAUAUACGUGAAGCGGAAUAUAAUUUUGAUAAUGAAAAUUAUGGACUUGCAGCUAAAUUAUUUGCUCGUAGUUCUAUACCAUUUGAACAAAUUGCAUUACGUUUUUUUCGUUUAUCAUCAUCAUCAACAACAACACAUACAAUAGAUCUUUCAUCAACCAUUAUACCAUCUACAUUAAUUCAACAAGGUUAUGAAAUUAAUGAUGAUCAUGAUAUUAUGGAAGCAUUAAUUAUUCAAUCAAAACAACAUCAAAUUAAUGACAAACUAACAGGAAUAAUUGAUUCAUCUAUAAAACAAUGUAAAUCAUUUAUAACAUCAAUCCAUUCGUAUAGUACAUUAACACCAUUGAAAAUAUUUUUAUCAUCAAAAUUAGAUUAUUUAGUAGAACAGAAAAAUCAACAAUCAGUAGUAAAUUUAUCAGGUCAAAUAAUUUUAUUAGCAAUUUGGUUAAUAGAAUUAUUAUUAACUGAAUUAAGUAUGAUACGUGAUCGUCUUAAAAUAAUGCCAAAAUUGGAUCAUAAUAAUGAUGAUCUUGAUGAAAUAGUUAAUGAUAAUCAUCAAAAUAUCAACAUGAUUAGUGAUAGAAAUGUUAUCGUUAAUAAUAAUGAUAAUUGUGAUGAUAAAGUUAAAUUAACAUUACAAAAUCGUCUAGCUUCUGUACGACGUGAAUUUCGUACAAUCCUAGUAUUACCUGAAGUAUUGAAUUUUUUACCAGAAGCAAAAUCUUUGAUAUACGAUUUACUAGAAAAUCAUGGUGAAAAUGAUGAACUUGUUUAUUUUAUGGAAUUAAUGAAAGAUUAUCCUCGUUUAGUCGAUCAUUAUAUGCGUCAAUGUAUGUACAGUGAUGCCUUAAAAAUAUUAGCCACCUAUCCAAACUGUUUAAAUCGAUUAUAUGAUCAUGCAUCAUGCUUAGCUAGUAAAUGUCCAGAGGAAUUUGUCAAUGUAUGUCUUCGUUUAAACAAUAAAUUGGACAUUAAUCGACUUCUACCUUCAAUUAUGUUGUUACCAAAUAAUUAUGCAAUAAAUUACUUAGAAGAUACUAUUGGAAUAUAUACUAAUAAAAGUAUAUCAAAUCAAGCUGUACAUCAUAUGCUUAUUUCAUUAUAUGCUAAUGAAUAUCAUUCAAAUCAUAAUGAUGAUAGAUUAAUGAAAUAUUUAGAAAAAUUUAGUAUCCAAGCCAUUCAUAUAAGACGUUUAAAACAACAACAUCAACAAAAUAUUGUUGAUAAUGAAGAUUUAUUUAAUGAUUAUCAAUUAUUGAAUAUCGAUUUAACUGAAUUAUCAUUGUUAGAACAUGAUAAUGAUAUAGUAAAUGAUUGUUCUACCGGUAAUGUAAUGAAUAAACUAAAAUGUUUAACAAAUCAACAUCAAGAACAAAAUAUUCAGUCAUUGUUACCCUAUGAUCCUGGUUAUGUGCUUCGUUUAUGCAAAGAAGUUGAUCAUUUAAAAGGUGUACUUUAUAUACUACAAUUAUUGGAUAUGCAUCAAGAAGCUUUACAAUUAGCCAUUGAAUUGAAUAAUAUUCCAUUCGCUAAAGAAAUUGCUCAAAGUGAAUUCUUGAAUUCUAAUGUACGUCGUCAAUUAUGGAUUCAAUUAGCACGACAUAUUAUUAGUACUGAUGGAAGUAUGCAAGAAGCUAUCAAUUUAUUACGAGAUUGCCCUCUAUUGAAAUUAGAGGAUAUCCUUCCAUAUUUUCAUCAAUUUGUUACUAUUGAUCAGUUUAAAGACGUGAUCUGUUCAUCAUUGGAUUCGUAUAAUGAACGAAUUGAUAAUGUGAAAAACGAAAUACAAUGUACGAUGAAAACUAUUGAUGAAUUACGUACACAGUCGAAUAAUCUACGCUAUAGAUAUGAAAUUAUAGAGAAUGAUUCACGUUGUACUCAUUGCAAUCAUCUUUUAACUUUACGUGCAUUUUAUGUAUUUCCUUGUGGUCAUAAUUUUCACAUAAGUUGUCUCACUGAAUUGGUGAAACCAUAUUUAUCAGCAGAGGAAAAAUCACAAUUGUCAAAAGUUGUCGAAUCUCAAAAUCUUGGAAAUAAUCCAUCUGUAACUAACGUUGAAGAUCUAUUUGAUGAAAUCAUUGCUAAUGAUUGUGUUCUAUGCGGUCAUGUAGCCAUUGAUAAUUUAUCUAAAUUAUAUUAUGAAAAUCAAGUGAAUUAUGAAAAUGAAUUAUCAAUUUGGCAAUAGAUAUUUAUAUAGAAACAUAUAAAUAUGUAUGUCUAUCACACUUCAUUCGGCACCACAUGUUUAUCUAACACACAUACACACAAUUGGUUCAUAUUGAAAUUAGUAUACAGACAGGCAUGUGCACAUGCUUACGUGUGUGUAUGUGCAAGAUUACGUAACUUGUCUUUCUAUUCUUUUGUGCUCUCAAUGAUUUUAAAACUUGAUGCUGGUUAUUUGUUUGUCUCUUCUUAUUUUUAUUUAUUAUAAUUUGGUCAAAUUGAUUUUGUAAACUUGGCCUUUUGUUGGUUGAUAUUGUAUAUACAUUUAGUAAACAGAUUGUGAUUUAGUUGUGUCCUA